AUGCUUACAAGAUCUAUGGUGGCGGAUGCACUCUACUCGCCUGACUGGAUAGAUCGUGGCUGGGCUGUGAUGCAAGCCUCUCAGCUGACCAUCCAGCAUGUUUUGCUGACUCGGCACCAACAUCACCAACAACCUCACGCAAAACCACCACAUUCAAAGGAACAGGAAGGACUGCCCCCAUUGACGUCACCAACUAACCUCUGCCUGACGGCGUCAUCCGACCACACGACUCUUCAUGAAGCCUCUCGCAACAACAGAGACGCAGCGCUAGGUUUCGGUGUCGAGGUCGACACGAAACAGUCCGGAUGCAGUACGUCCACACUUAACACUCCAGGGCACCUAUCAGUGCUUGAGCCGGUGGUUGAUGUUGCCGUCUUUGAGGGUGGCUCAGCUGACAGGCCAGACGCGGUUCACGAGGGCGGCAUAGACUGUGUUCGGGUCGCCUUUCGCAUGAUACAGCGGAUGCUGGAAGACCCCGCCGACGAGGUGUACAUAGCCGCACUGGUGAGUAGAAUGAAUAUAUAUUUUCCUUUUUUCCAUACAAAAUUUUCAAUCUCCGCAGGCCUUCAAUAUCUUGUAUACUUACUAACAAUGUUUCGAACUUUUAAAUGGGCCUUCAAUGAGAACGCGAGGCAUUUUUGGUCACUAAAGGGUGAUGCAGAAUUUAUAGCUUAA